AUGACAAUUACUAGAAAGAUAAAACGAAUUGUUCUCCUCAAGAGGGAGGAAACAUCAGAUUCGAAUAAGAAUAAUGGAAGUGAUGGAAAUAACAACAAUACAAUGACACAACAAAGAGGAAGAAGCAGCAGUGCAACAAGCACACCUGAUUUGGCACCUCUCAUUAUUAGUGCAUCAUCGAGUACAUCAUCAAUUCAAGAUUCAUCCUCACCAAUGUCUGCUCCAAGCCACCACAGUUUGAAUUCGCCUGCAAUGGAUUAUGCUGUUGUGAAGGCAACUAGAGUUUCAUCCAUUCCACUAAAUAAUAGUGUAGAUGAACACAACAUGUUUAGACCUUUUAUUUCAAAGACUCCGAGAGGAGCUCUUCAGUCAACACCAGGUUCAAGUAGCAGCAUUUCAUCUUCACCUAAUGUUGGAACAAUAGUGGAUGAUUCGUGUAUUAUUGAAACGAGUCAGCCAAGGGAAUAUGUCCCAUCUCGAUCGAAUACAGUAAUUGGAGGAAGGGCUCCAAUGGAAAAGGUAGCAAGUGCCAUCACACCUGUUGAAAACGACCUCUCAAUGAACAAACUGGAAAAUUUCGAACCAAGAUUAAAGAAAACUAAAAGUGCCUCCACUAUUACAGUCAAGAAGAAGGUUGUUAUUUAUACUCAGCCUCAAAAGAGUGAGAUAACUGCCCCUCCAGUUCUGGAAAAUGCAGCCAAGUUUUCACUCAUUCAAGCUGUUAAUAAUGAAGAAAGAUUGCAAAAAUUGAAAGUGGAGGAGGUUGAAGAAUCUCCUCUCGAUGAGGAAUCAACACGAUCUUCCUUCAGUAAUGGAAAUAUGGCUUCACCAGUGAAUGUUUAUAGCCCUCGAGCCUUUGAGAAUGGUCUUCAUUUGACACCCUCAAAUUCAAGACCUUCUUUGGAUGAAAUUGGUGGAAAUCCUUCGAAAUUGUAUGCAUUUCUGGAAGAUGGAGACUUGAGGAGGUCAGCCUCUCCUAGGAGAAGUACAAUCGAUGAAAAUAGAAGAUCUACCAUCACCAAAUCAGACAUUGGAGAAGACUUGUUCAAUAAUGGUAUUGAACUCGCUAUUCCACCAGAAUUAGAAAAUGUUGGAAAUUAUGGACAUGUCUCUUUAGAAAAAUUCAUGCAGGAAAGGAACAAGAAGUAUAGAGGAAGUUUACGUGGACUACACUCACUAAGUCAAAAACCAUCACUCUCUUCUAUUGAAGAAGAAGGCCAACACGAACAGAGUUCAAUACAGCCAAACGUUCAAAUUUCUCAUAAUGUUUAUGAAACAGAUGGAGAAUGCUCAAAAUUUACCUCUUACAAAUUGUCCAAUUGCUGCAAUGUACAAUCUUCCCUUGACCAAUCGACACUACUCGAAUCGUUUUAUCCUCUACCUGAAGGAUCUUUAUCAUUUGAAAUUAAAUCCCUACCAGGUAAUCAAGAAAGACAAUUGAAAAUUUCAUUCAAGGCAAAGAAAUCUAUCAAUGUGGAUUUACACAAAAUCAUGAUGGAAAUUAUUACUCACGAUACUUCUAAUGAAAGGAUUCACCAGUUAGAGGACUAUGAAUGGUCAAUGGUGAUGGAAACGAGCAGUUAUUUUCCAACGUCUAAGGACUUGCUGAGGAGAAUCAUCUCUGAAAAUCAAAAGGAUACAUCACAAGGAUUUCAAUUUAAAUCCUUUUCCCAUUUAUCGAAUUUUAUUGGAAAUGCAAUUCAAGAGGAGAUUAAAAGAAGGUUACCACAUUCAUCAUCAGGUAUUAAUGGGGAAAAUCUUAGGUUGGCUCUUGUUUUUACUCAAAACGAUUUUAUACCCAACACAAUCAGUUCAAUUCCAGAACACAAUCAUGAUAGCACAAUUCAGGAAUUGUUAAAGAAUGAAAAAGUCGAUUUCAAUUUUACAGAUUGUUUGGAAACACAUUUUGGUAAGGAGAUAGUAUCUUGCUCAAGUAAGCUAAUGUUCCUGUGCGUUCAGUUCUAUUCGCCGCUGUUAGAUUCAAAUAUUCAAUUCAAACUACCUCUAUUACCCAACAAUGUCACAGGGGAAACACAGAGGGAGCAAGUUAUUCAGACACUGGAAGAACAAGUUGCCCAACUAGAAUCAGAACUUGAGGAGAUACUAUACCAAAAGUAUAUGUGGGAAUUUUUAAUGAAGUACACUUUCAAGGUUUUUGAUUCACGGAUUAUUGAUACAACUAGAGUCUCAAUAAUGAAUCAAAAGAGGACACUCAAAUAUAUUGGUGGAGAAAAGGCAACCUGGACCAGUUGUGUUUGUCGAUGUCCCAUUACACCAGGAAGAUUUGUUGAUGGCAACUUGGAAUCGAAUAGUGUUCAUGGAGAUUUGUCUUCACUCAAGACGAAUCACAUUCUCUCAUUGAGAUUGGACUCAUUCCCAACAGGAUCUGAUAUCUUUAUAGGUAUUAUCAAUGCAAACCAUACAGCCGAACAAAUACUUCAAAAUUAUGUAGUGAGCGGAAAGAGUGAUUCGCACACCUUCUUCCUUAAGGAUAAACAAUUCAGGCAUGGAUCUCUAAUCAUCAACUCAAUCUCGAACAAUGCAGAUAGUGAAUAUUCAUUCUCAGACGGAGAUGUCAUACAAGUUGUUUUGAACUACUCGAACAUGAACAUUAAUGUCUAUAGAAAUUACCAACGCAUUUUGCCUUCAUUUGCUCCAAAUGCAAUAGAUUUGGAAAAUACGGAAUGGUAUUUUGUUGUGGGAUUAAGCCAAAAUGGGCAGCAAAUUACUCUAAUAUAG